CCGCCAGAUCCUUCUAGGGUACCAACAUCUUGCGAGUCAGGUUAAAUAUUGCAUAUCAAAAUUAUUUUUAGAAAUUAUAUUGUUAGAUAAAUAUAACAUCAAUACUAAUACUGAUUAUUGUUAAUAAAUUUUAAAGCCCCGUCGACGAGAAGAAAAGGUCGUGGCCCUGCUAGUAAUAAUGUUCUUGAAGAACGAAGGAAAAAAGCUGGGAAACCAUUGGAUCUAGAGCUUGAUCCUGUGACCAACAAAGUGGUUGGGCAGGAGGAUCAAGCUUUUAUUCGCAUGUUGGGAACUCUAGUUUCCAUGUUGUGUCCGGGGCAUUAUUUGGAUUUUGCCGAUGCACCUCAACAGUUUAAGGAUCAAGUGCUUGAUCGUAUGAGGUAUUACUAUAAUAUAGACGGUCAUCCACAACGUGAGUCAGUUCUGGCAACUCUCAACAAGGAGAUGGGGGAAAGAUAUCGCGAGAGAAAGAACUAUAGACAUAGACACUUCAAAAGUCAUUAUGCUGGACCAGAAGAUUUGGAGAAUGUCCUCUCUAAGCCACCUGACCAUUGCACUAAGGAGGCUUGGCAGCUUAUUUGUGAAAUGUUUUUGAGCGAAAUAUUUUUGGCUCGUUCCGCUAAAAAUCAAGCAAACAGAAGACAAAUGAAGUAUGUAACAACACAAGGCACAAAGUCGUUGGCAGCUAAGCGUCACGAAUAUGUAAGUGAAGAUGUUAAUUUAAUUUUAUAAAAUAACACAUUCUGAAACAUUUUGU